GAGCCAACGAAAGCUUGUCUCACAAUCCGACUUGUCAGAUAAGAGAAAGGUGAGUGAAUUUUGUGAUUUAUGUUAAGUCUUUUCUCCCACAUUGUAAUUCAAGUGGUGGUUUCAGCUAAUAAAAGACGCAUCAGCGGUGGAAGACACUUGUCUCUGAAAGGGAUGAGCUGCUGGAUUCUCUUUGACUAUGAAAUAUGUUGACUUUCUCGGGCAGGAAAAUGGUUGGGAAGUCCCUGAUUGCUGGUCUGGUGGUCCUUCUGGUGGCUGCUGUGAGCCUGUUCCUGGGGGUUUUCAUGGGCCUGGGCAAGAAACACACGCCUCCACCGUCAGACCACUUCUACUCAAAGGCUGCUGUGGCUGCUGAUGCCGGAAAGUGUUCAGAAGUGGGGAGGGACAUUUUGAAGAAAAAUGGAUCAGCUGUGGAUGCCUCCAUAGCUGCCUUGCUGUGUGUUGGCCUCUUAAACGCUCACAGCAUGGGCAUCGGAGGAGGGCUCUUCUUUGUCAUUUACAAUGCUUCCACAGGGAAGGUGGAAACCAUCGAUGCGAGGGAGACAGCACCCAUGAACGCCACUGAGGACAUGUUUGGCAACAACACUAAGCUCUCUCGUACAGGUGGAUUGUCCAUAGCCAUUCCCGGGGAGAUUCGUGGUUAUGAGAUGGCACACAAGAGACAUGGCAGGCUGCCAUGGAAGGAGCUGUUCGAGCCAAGCAUCGCUUUGGCUCGUGAUGGGUUUCCUAUAGGAAAAGCACUGGCUCAUGCUAUUUUCAAGAGCAAAGAUUCAAUUCAAGGAGAUGCCAACAUGUGUGAAGUGUUUUGUGAUUCUGAAAAGAACAUUCUGAAGGAAAAUGAUAUUGUUAAGUUUCCAAAGCUGGCUGACACAUACCAAAGAAUAGCAGAGGAGGGCCCUGAUGUGUUUUAUAACGGAUCGAUGGCACAGAGCAUUGUCGAAGACAUCCAGGCGGCAGGUGGGAUUAUCACAUUGGAUGAUUUGUUGGAAUACCAGCCGGUGCUCAAUGAGAAUCCUCUGAGGCUGAACGUCGGGGAAUACACCAUGCAUGUCCCAGACGCCCCCUCCAGUGGCCCUGUACUGGCACUGAUACUCAACAUAGUGGAUGGGUACAACUUCACAGACACAAGUGUCUCCACAGCAGAGACAAAGACUCUGACGUAUCAUCGCAUUGUGGAGGCUUUUCGUUUUGCUUAUGCCAAGAGGAGCAGACUGGGGGACCCACGUUACCUCAAUAUUACAGAUCUCAUCCACAAUAUGACCUCAGACUACUUCGCCGAUGGCAUAAGGAGCAGAAUUACAGACGACACUACCCACCCAGACAGCUACUAUGAGCCGGACUAUUUUGUCCCGGACAACCACGGGACGGCCCACCUGUCAGUCAUAGCAGAGGAUGGAAGCGCUGUGGCAGCCACCAGCACCAUUAACCUAUAUUUUGGCUCCAAAGUCAUGUCCAGAUCGACUGGGAUUAUUUUCAAUGAUGAAAUGGACGACUUCAGCUCCCCAUACAUGACCAACGGGUUUGGAAUCCCUCCGUCACCCAACAACUUCAUCCAACCAGGCAAAAGGCCACUGUCUUCCAUGUGUCCUACUAUUAUCUUUGACAAGGAAAACAGAGUCAAAAUGGUUGUAGGAGCCUCAGGGGGCACAAAAAUCACCACAGCCACUGCCUUGGUCAUCCUGAACUCCUUGUUCUUCAAUUAUGACCUAAAGAAAGCUGUGACGGAGCCGAGAGUUCACAAUCAGCUCAACCCUAAUAUGACAGUGGUGGAACAGGGCUUUGAAAUGAGUGUCCUGGAAGGUCUAGCCCAGAAGAACCAUGUGACACAGCUGCUGCCAACUCCGGACUCUGUGGUCCAGGCUGUAGUACGACAGGGAGAGCGUCUCUGUGCAGAGUCUGACCCCAGGAAAGGAGGCUAUCCAGCAGGAUACUGAACCCACCAUCAGGGCUUUGGCUGCUCCCCUCAGACUGGAUGGUCCCUGAAAGACACUCGGACAGAGCCACAGUGGGAGUUCCACACUGGAGACUCCUGUGAUAUCUAAGCUACGGAGCCACAUCUCCCUCCGAGUUGAAUUUCUUUUACUCGAACACGGAAAGUGACUCCAUUUCAAUACCUCUUUUAUUCUGCAUUACUUCUUUAGUUGGAAUUCUUUUGUGUUUAAAGGUAAACAAAGAGGUUUCACCUAUUUUGACUCUUGUACCAGACAUCAUCACUACUGAUUGCAGAUGAUGACUUGAGGACUGGAAGAUGCAUCAAUCUUUACCAUUUAGCUAAACAAACCAUGAGCCCAAAAUGUAUCUGCUUUAUGUAUUAAACCCAGUUUAUGUAUGAGAUGGUAUGCAAGAUAUUCAAUUAAAAUCAAGUAAAAAUGACGAGGCAAAUGACAAUGCCAUGAUAAGAAAAAAGGGUUUCAUUCAGAUGUUUCUGGUAAGAAUCUGAGUGAUUGUAGGUUGUCUAUGUAGUAUCGCUCAAAUUCUCUUUCUUUUAUUGUCUUGAGAAGAAAAACCUUUUGUGAAUAAUUGGACAGUCUGUCAGAAAAGGGGGUUGUUUUCAUGUCAUGUAACACCCUUAUCCAUCAAUUAGAAAUAACUACACCUCAGGUUGUUUGCAAGUUUUUACCAAAAUGUCUACCCAUAUCCUUCUCCUGAUGUUAGUAGAUGCUGAAAUGAACAUUAUUUAAAGGAACCUGGCUGUGUUGUUUUCUACUGUGACCCUACAGAGAACUUUCUGAAUUGUAAAUGUUUAAUAUCGAGUAGAGGUUACGUGAAUGUAUAGUGUGUUCUGAAAAAUACAUUUGCAGAUAUAUUUUUCUAAACAUGCAUUGUGCUUAUGCCAUGUUUGUUGCCAUGCUUGUUAUUAAACAUUUUGAACAAAGAUGUUAUAUUUUACCAGAUGGACCCUCUGGAUAUUUCUGUGCCGUCUCUGGAUUAGAACAUCAGAUACAUUUUUACCUCAGUGCUGAAACCACUGCACCCUUUUUUUUGUUUAUUUUAAUAAUGUAGAAGGUUCAGUUCCGGACAAAAGAGGAAAAACCUGUUCAGUGCUCGUGAGGAGUCUGACCCUGUUCUACUUUCACCGUCCAGUGAGUUUGAAUUGGCAUUGAGUAAAUAUUCCUUCUCUUUUUGAACAUAUGAAAAGCAGAGAAUCACCGACGGUUCAUCGCUGUGGGGAACAAAUCUCAAUAUGCAGCGUGUUAUGCUUGCAUGACUUUCAGGAGCUAAUUUUUGCUUUUGAAAUAUAUAUAUGCAGGUAUUGAAAUCUUUCCCUUGGAGCCAUUUUCAGAGAGCACGUGCACUAAAAGCAAUUUAAAACUAAUAUCAGGAAACUACUUGUGAAAUUUCAGGGACUUAUUUAAGAACUUGUAAGCAAAGUGGCUCACACAUUUUCUCCACUGUUAGCUGUUAUUCAGGCAAACAUGUAAGAACAGGUACUAUUUGGCCUUGGGCCUGCAUUUGCAUCAAAGAACAACAGUCAAAAGACCUGGUUAGAGCAGGAUGUAGGAUAUUCACUUACAUAGAAAACAGAUCUGCUUUUACUAGUGUACUGUAAACCAUCUGUUUAUACAGUCACUGACAGUAAGUGACAGGAAGCAUAAAGGUCAGAGGCAGGGACUCAACAGAGCCUGAGGUGUCCAAUCAGAGCACAGAAAGAUAUGUCUGUUUGAUGACUAGAAAAGGCAACUUCACCCCGAGAUACCAGCAUACAGAUGUUUUUACACUCAAAUAAACUUAACAUGUUGGAUAAAAGUGCAACAGCAUUGUAGCUUCAUGAAAAAAAGAGCUUUAGAUUAAAAGACAUCAUAUCACAGUGACUGCAGAUAUUUCCCUUUCUGCUAAUUAAUGUCAUACUUUUGUCUGAUUAAAUCGUCUGGCUAUAGCUGACACCUGGAGCAAUGCAUCACAGUGCUGUCAGAACACCUAAAUGUAAGACUUUCUACAAGUUGUGUCAGACGUAAGUGGAAUACAGAUACUGUAUCUCAUGUUAUGUCAUCGCAGGUCUAUUACAUUAUAAAUGUGAUCAUGAUUUUUUCCUUUGGGUACCUGCUUCAUCAGUAUUCUCCUGACGAAAUAUGAAUCAUCCAGGCCACUGAAACACAUUCAUCUUGUAGCUAACAGUGAUAUUACCCUCAUUCAUCAAAAAGCGGUGGGUAAAUCAGCGCUGCCUUGACAGCUCCU